CUGUUUAUGUUCCUCUGAUCUCCGACGCGCGCUCUGCGUGCACGCGCCCCGCACACAGGAUGAUCUUGUUACAUUGUAGCGCGCCGUAACUGUGCGUCAUAAAGAGGAAGAGCGUUCGAUCCAGAAGAAUAGAACGUUUUUAAACUUUUCAUCGGAUUCCUCGAAAUUCUAAGGUUACUCGAGAACGACUGGAGCGCGGAGAGCGGAGGAGAGAUCCGGGUUUACGCAGCGCGAGCGCACGGAGGGGGGGUUCGGUGUCGGACGGUGAUUCCGGAUUCGAUCCUGACCAUCGAGAUCCCCGUGGAUGACCUCCAGAACCAUGUAUCCGCACGGAAGACCCCAGGCUCAGCUGGUGUCAGGCCACGCCGGCAUGAAAUUCACAGUGCUGGAAACACUGGACCACAUAAAAGAGGAGUUUCAGCUGUUCCAGGCCCAGUAUCACAGCCUAAAGCUGGAAUGUGAGAAGUUGGCGAGUGAGAAAACAGAGAUGCACAGACAUUAUAUCAUGUAUUAUGAAAUGUCUUACGGGCUGAACAUUGAAAUGCAGAAGCAGGCGGAGAUUGUAAAGCGGCUCAGUGCUAUAUGCACUCAGAUCAUUCCACUGCUGUCCCAAGAGCAUCAGCAUCAAGUAGCACAAGCAGUGGAAAGAUCCAAACACGUCAGCAUGGCCGAGCUCAAUGCUAUCAUCGGGCAACAGCAGUUCCAGCAUCUAUCCCAUCAUGCUCCGGGCUUCCCUCUGACGCCACACCCCUCGGGACUGACCCUGGGCGCGGGUGCCAGCCUCAUGGCUCUUCCCGGGGCCUUCCCGUUCCCCCCGCACCUGGCGCCUAAAGAUGACAUCACUCACCCCGAGCACCUGGACUCCAGAGAUGGAGCCCCAAACAGGAGUGGCAGUGGCUCUCCGGUGGGCCAUCGCUCUGCAGGACUGCGUCUGGGUCUUCCUCCUCCUCCCUCCUCCUCUUCAUCCUCUCACACUGAUGUGGACAGUAAACGGGGCGGCUCAGACCAGACUGGCGCGGGACGAACACGGCGGGAGAGUGGCGGGAAAAAUGAAGACGCUCUCAGAAGAGACAGCACUAAAGAGCGUCUGUGUUUGCAGAAAAGUGUGUCACCCGCUGGAGUCUCUCCCAGGUCGACCGAGGGGAACGGGCUGAACAUCUCUCCGGUCCUCCGGAAGAACCCGUCCCGGGAAGCCUCUUCUUCACCUCGAUCUCAGCCGCGCUCACCUGGACUCUGCAAGAGCCCCACUCAGGAGAAAGUGAGAUCUCCUUCUCCUUCAGCGUCCCAUGAAUCACUCUCUCCUGGCUCUCCUGCACCCCUGUCCUCCUCUGCCCGCGGCCCGUCUCCCGUUCUCAAACACUAGGACCCACUCCUUCCCAUGGAGUGAGACUAGUGAAAGACAGCCGCUACCCCUCCCCAGCCCGCCCUUCCCAGAAUGCACGGGGCCAGUCCCAGAAUGCACCGGGUCGGCCCCUGAACGCUCGGGCCUGGGCAUCAGGUGCCUUGUCAGAAGCCCUUCAUCCGUCCUCGUGGCCCUCGAGCCGAACUCUGAGCGAACCGCAUCUGUGCUUUCACACGCCGGGCGUAAUCAGCCAAUCAGCUGUCUGACAGCUCUGUCAGCCAAUUAGAAAGAAAGCUGAAUAUUCUGCGUGACAGGCACAUGGAGUCAAGACACGGAUUUCUCCGUAUCAUCUCCCACACUGAACUGGACUGAGAUGCUUUUACUGCCAAUUUUGU